CUGUCCUAAUGGGAGGCUGCCUGCGCACUUGGUUCUCUUCGUUGCUGUAGCUCUGGCGGAGCCUGCGCUAUGGGCGAUGAGGAAAGGGCGGAAGCGGCCCGGCCCGAGCAGGAUGAGAGGUUAUCUUCGGGUACCAACGACAAUGAAGACAAAUCAGAUGAAGAGCCACUUCUAAGAAAGAGUUCUCGUCGGUUUGUCAUCUUUCCGAUUCAGUACCCCGAUAUUUGGAAAAUGUACAAACAGGCACAGGCGUCCUUCUGGACCGCAGAAGAGGUUGACUUAUCAAAGGAUCUCCCUCACUGGAACAAACUUAAACCAGAUGAGAAGUAUUUUAUCUCUCACAUCUUAGCCUUUUUUGCAGCCAGUGAUGGCAUUGUAAAUGAAAACUUGGUGGAGCGCUUUAGUCAGGAGGUACAGGUCCCAGAGGCUCGCUGUUUUUACGGCUUCCAAAUUCUCAUCGAGAACGUUCACUCAGAGAUGUACAGUUUGCUAAUAGAUACUUACAUCAGAGAUCCCAAGAAAAGGGAAUUUUUAUUUAAUGCAAUAGAAACAAUGCCAUAUGUUAAGAAAAAAGCAGAUUGGGCUUUGACAUGGAUAGCAGAUAGAAAAUCGACAUUUGGGGAAAGGGUGGUAGCCUUUGCUGCUGUAGAAGGGAUUUUCUUCUCUGGAUCUUUUGCUGCUAUAUUCUGGCUAAAGAAGAGAGGUCUUAUGCCGGGACUUACUUUUUCCAACGAACUCAUCAGCAGAGAUGAGGGACUCCAUUGUGACUUUGCAUGCCUGAUGUUUCAGUACUUAGUAAACAAGCCUUCAGAAGAAAGGGUCAGAGAGAUCAUUGUUAAUGCUGUCAAAAUUGAGCAGGAGUUUUUAACAGAAGCCUUACCAGUUGGCCUCAUUGGAAUGAAUUGUGUGUUGAUGAAACAAUACAUUGAGUUUGUAGCAGACAGAUUACUUGUGGAACUCGGAUUUUCAAAGGUUUUUCAGGCAGAAAAUCCCUUUGAUUUUAUGGAAAAUAUUUCUUUGGAAGGAAAAACAAAUUUCUUUGAAAAACGAGUUUCCGAAUAUCAGCGUUUUGCAGUUAUGACGGAAACCACAGACAAUGUCUUCACACUGGAUGCAGAGUUUUAAAUCCCUGUCCAUUCCUAAACGUGUCAUGUGUAAAUAGUAAUCUGUUCUUCUCUGCUU